AUGUCCACAUUCAACUGGAACACAAUAGAGUCCGACCCAGGAAUAUUUACGGAAAUGGUAGAGAAGUUGGGAUGUCCAAAUAUUCAAUUUAAAGAACUUUAUUCGCUCGAUGAUAUUGAGACACUCGACCGGAUUAAACCAAUAGAAGGCAUAGUGUUACUGUUUGAAUAUGACAAAAGAGCGUUGACUUAUUUCCAAAGUGAAUUUUGUGGUAUUGACACCAAGGAAUACCCAGACCUCUUCUUUGCAAAGCAAGUUGUGAACAACGCGUGUGCGACUCAAGCCAUACUUUCCGUUUUACUCAAUUUGAAAACGAUAGACGUGGGAUCGACUCUGCAACAGUUUAAAGAAUCGGCAAUGAAGCUCUCUCCGUAUGACAGAGGUGUUGCAAUUGGCAAAUCAGAUAUCAUCCGAAAAACACAUAACGAGUUUGCUCAACCAUCGCAAGCUCUUCAAGAGAGAAUAUCAAAUAAGUUUUCUGGAGUGACUGGCAAGGCACAUCAUUUCAUAGGAAUCAUUCCAUAUAAUGGUAUUUUAUUAAUGUUAGAUGGGUUAAGUGAAGACCCUAUAGUAAUCGGUGGUGCUGAAGAUGAUUGGGUGACUACUGGCGUUAAACCUUUUUUUGAAGGGUUGUGUAAAGCGUUAAGUGGGAGUUUAGACUUUACUAUAUUAGCCGUUGUCCACAAUCAAGUGAACAAAUACAAAGAAUUAUAUGAAAGAGCUGUAGAGGAAAAAAGUGACAUGGCGACGACGUACAAAAGUAUGUUCGAGGAAGAGAUUCAAAAACGAAAGAAAGAAAGGGAAGAAAACACAAGGAGAAAACACGAUUAUAUGCCAUUAGCAUUGCAUGUGUUAUUAUUGAUGGGAAAAUACGGGAAAUUAGAACAACAAGUGACUCGAGCGGAGGAAGAAGCGCAGAAGAGUUGA